AUGGCACUCUCCCUCGUUUUACCAUUAGUGGAACCGUACGAAAGAAUCAAGGAGCAGCUUGUUGUCAUGCAACACGCAUUAGCUCCCUUAAACCUCACAAAAUGGCAGAUUGCUCGACUUCUGGCAGCGCAGGUCUACCGAGACACUUCGCCCGUCGCCCGGGCGUCUCUCAUAGUUUUCUUUAGUGUCUCCUUGAUUUUGGCCCUCGAUUCAUUCGUCCUGCACCCAUAUAUAUUCUCCCUUCAACGGCUCGGCGUGCCGAAGCUGAAACCGUCAAAGGGGAAGCAUGCUUUCGACUACAAGCCGAUGCUCGACGAAGCGGCUGCAAAGUAUCCCGACCGGCCGUGGUUCUUCGGAUAUUCCGGCUUCGAAUUCGUGGUAUUUCCAUCCGCGUACGUCAACGAGAUCCGACGACUUCCGGCGAAAACAGCCUCCCUGGUCGACUUCUUGACUACAGUCCAAUUUGGAGGCUACAAGCUCAUUGGCACUGAUGACUCGAGCAAUACUCUUCACAAGACGGCCAGCACCGAUUUAGCACGGAGUAUCGGGCCACUAGGCCUAGCACGCCAGGAGACAGCGCGUCGUGCAUGGGAGUCUUCACUCGGUCCAUGUCCCCAGUGGAAGAAGGUGUCUCUAUUCUGGACAGUUUUAGAUGUCGUCGUGGCGACUGGCGCGACGGGGAUAGUUGGUGAGCCUUUGAGUCGCGAUAAGAGGUGGCUCAGGGCAGUCCCGUUGCUUCCGGUAGGAGCAGGAAUUGGUGUCUACUUUAGCAGCCUCUUCCCUCGCCUUUUGCGACCUAUGGCUGCGACAGUCUUCUACUUCCCUGCGUUGAUGAUCUACAAGUACAUGAGCUACCUGCUGCGACCUACGAUAGAACAAGCACUUCGCGAACACGACUCAUCGGCAAAUGGAAACGGCAAGGCCGAAAAGAAAAUCACCCUGGUUCACAUGCUCAUGAGCCGCUACAAGCAGGGGGAGUUCAACUACGACCAACUUGUCAAAGACAUUAUCACGGCAACACUCGAGUCGACGCCGACCACCGCUGUAAGCAUCUAUUGGAUGCUCACGGAGCUUCUACAACGGCCGGAUCUUGUCGAGGAGCUGAGGGAGGAAAUUAUUGGCGUCUUACAGGAUGGGAAGUUACCUCCCACCCAGCUGACUGAACUUACGAAGCUGGACAGCUUCAUGCGAGAAAUGGUCCUGCUCACGGAGAUGAACCAGUGGGGCUCAGCCGCAUAUUGA